AUGGGGAAGUCGAAGAAAAACAAGAAGAAAAAGGCCGGCGGAAAAUCGCAUAUCAAUGGAGAGAAAGACAAUAACACCAAAGGCCACGACCAGAAUGCCGUCGAAGCCCCCCACGAUGCUUCUGAACUGGAGAUGAAGAUACAGGCUCAGGAUUUGCCGAAUGGACCGGAGCCCGACGAGGCCACUGACCCCGACGCGACAGAUUGUGAAGCCACGGAGCCUGACGGUAUGGGUCCGCAAAUUGCGACCAAGUUGCAGAGCCCGGUACCUCUCGAGUCCGAUCCCCGAUUUGAAGCACUUGUACGGGAUCGUGACUCGCUUCGAGUCGAGGUCGUGGAGAUGCGUAGGACGUUAGAACAGAUACAAUCUAAGCACGACGAGGAGAUGGAGGCUCUCCAGAACAAGUUACAAGAGACCCAAAAUGAGAAACAUAACGCAGAAACGCAAUUUCGGAAUCUCUUGGGCAAAGAAGAGUUGAGCCUUGCGAGAAGCAGAAUCGAGGAGCUAGAAGGCCAAAAUGAGACCUUGAAAUCGGAAGUUGAAACGAAAUCUGCGCAGGUGGAAUCGCUGGAGGAAGAAGGCGAACAGAGGUCGAAAGAAAUUUCCGGCUUACGAAAUAGGACGAACCUGUCCCAGCAAAAUUGGCUAAAGGAAAGGGAAGAGUUGUUAGAACAGGAAGCAUACUUGCGAGCAGAGUUUGAAGAUGCGAAACAGGCAAUGCACAAUUGGGAAAUCCUAGCUAUGGAGGAGCGGUCAGUUCGAGAGGGACUUGCAGAUAGGGUUGUAGAUCUGGAAGAACAGCUGAACUCCCUCAAAAUCGACUACGAGAAAGCUUCGAACGAAAGUAGGAGCCAAGACAUUACGGUUGAAGGGCUCCAGAAAGCCCUACAGGAAAUUCAGACAGCUCGAAAACAAGAACUGCGGGAGUUGGUGGAAACCUCCGAUGCUCAGGCUGAAGAUCUCCGGAGAAAGCUACAGUAUGCUGAGAAGUCAGCUGCUGAUGCCAAUGCCGAAUUAGAGCAAACUAAAAAGGAGUUAGAAAGAGCUUCGCCCUUCGAGAAAGAAGUGAAGGAGAAGAAUCUCCUCAUAGGAAAAUUGAGACAUGAAGCGGUUACAUUAAACGAGCACCUUACAAAGGCCCUGCGCUUCCUAAAAAAAGGAAGGCCAGAAGAUAAUGUGGAUAGGUUUGUUACCACACGCGAAGUUAUUUACAGGAUGGGAUUUAACGAUGGGUAUAGGAACCUGGUUACGAAUCACUUUCUUCAUUUCCUCGCUCUUGAUCGAUCAGACCCUAAGAAAUUUCAGGUUCUACAGCUCAUAGCAGCACUUUUAGGGUGGACAGAUGGUUGGAUUGAUCCCUUGUUCAAUGCCUUAUCUCUAAAAACUGACAUUUGUACUCUAGAGCAACGUGAGCAAGCCGGCCUUGCUCGACCUGGGAGCACUGCAUCACUUAGCCUUCGAGUUCCUGGCGCCUCUCCUGUGCAUCGAACACCAAGCUCGCCUGCACUCACCACAGAUUAUUUUUCCGAAACCACCCCUUCUCGUAAAGAAUCGCUAGCAGAGCUAUGGUCUAACUUUCUGGAGCAAGAGUCACAAACCGGCAAGCGACAUAAAGAAUCCCACGAGCAUGCUUGA